AGGAAAACAUGUAUUGGCUUUAAAGAGAUACCAACCCUAGGACAUGUUUCCUUAGCAUCCCACCCGUGAGGUUAGGGAUCCCGUGUCUAAGACACAAGGGGCAUUUUUCUUCACUAACUUUGUCUCCGCACAUGACAGGUUUUCGUUUUUAUAUACAUUUGAGGUAUGAUUACUUAUUCAUCUUUUGCAUUUAGACAUCAUUCUUGAGUAAUUCAAACUUGGGGCACUUUUGGUUUGGGAUACAAACCGAAGAUGGAAGAUUGGCAGAGAAGGCGUGCUAUUAAAGCGGAGAAACGCCUUGCCAGACUUCAAGGGAGAGAUCCAAGGGAUGAACCAAUGUGGGUGCCGCACAUUAGAGUCACAUUUCCACAACCUGCUGAGAUUUUUUGCCCUUCUCUUGAUGGAUAUGUGGUAAAACAUAUGGAUGUUUUGUAUGUAGAUCCAGAGGGUACUGUUUUCAUUGACAGAUUGCUUGAAAUCGGGGAAUGUUCAAAACAAGCAAGGUUUGAGGAAGUGGUGGUGGAAGAGAUCACCGAUGAAGUCUAUUCUGAUGAUGAGGAAGACAGUUUUGGCUUCAACAACCUCUUUGGGCUAGCCAACAUGACAGAUCCUAAGGAAAGGUGGAGAAGGAUGCUCGUUGAAAGGGCAUUUAUAGAAAAGCACCCCAACUUCCAACUCAUUCAUCAUGCAAAUGCUCCAAUGGAUCCACAUGAGUCUGUGCUCCUUGAAACAGUGAAAGAAGAAUCACUAUGUGACUCAUGGGGAAAUUUGACUAUAAAUGCUCUAGAUGACGAAGGACUAGAAUUUGAUAGGGGAAUUUCUCUGGUCAAUGGAAGCUCUCAAGCUAAUUGGGCAGCGGAACUUUUCCCUGUAGCUUUCAUCUCCGAUAACAUGUUCCUAUCUUUGCUUUAUUAUCAUUUGGCCAUUUAUUUACUUCCAUCCCAAAUUUUCAAGCCUGCUAAUGACGAAUCUUUAAACAAUGAUGCCAUGUCAGACUUUAUAUAUGAGAUUGAUGAUCAGACCUAUAAAGAAGAAGACAAUGAAAAUCUCGAUCCUUCUCAUGAACUAACUCAAAUGCUAAGAGAGGAAAAGCCGAAGCUGCAACCAAAUCAAGAGACAGAAACCAUUAAUCUGGGUACUGAAGAUGACAAAAAGGAGAUAAAAAUCAAUGCUCAUCUAUCCUCAAAGGAAAGAAAUGAAUUGAUUGAGCUUUUAUUUGAGUUCCAAGAUGUUUUUGCUUGGUCCUACAAGGACAUGCCGGGAUUUGAUCCUGAUAUCACUGUUCACGCCAUUCCACUCUAUUCUGAGGCCAAGCCAGUCAAGCAAAAGCUAAGGAGGAUGAAACCAGAGGAAUGGGUGGCCAAUAUCGUUCCUAUAAUGAAAAAGGAUGGCCGGGUUAGAGUCUUUGUGGAUUAUAGAGACUUGAACAAAGCAAGCCCCAAGGAUGAUUUCCCAUUGCCUCACAUCCAAAUUCUGCUAGAUAAUGCUGCCAAAAAUGCUCGGUUCUUUUUUGUUGAUGGCUACUCUGGGUACAAUCAGAUAAAAAUGAAGGAGGAGGAUAAGCUCAAGACAACAUUCAUCACUCAAUGGGCUAUUGUUGAUGACAUGGUGAUUAUGUCCAAAGAAGAGGUGCUACAUAUAGAAAAUCUCAAGAAGGUGUUUGAACGCCUUAGAAGAUACAAAAUGAGACUCAAUCCUGCCAAAUGUACUUUUGAUGUGGAUUCGGGAAAGCUACUUGGCUUCAUUGCCAUCAAAGGGCAAGCCAUUGCAGAUCAUCUAGCCAAACAUGCGGCAGAGGAUUAUGAGCCUAUUGAUUGGGAUUUUCCUGAUGAGGACAUUUUGGCAUUAGAGGCAGAAUCUAAUCUAUAUAAUUGGAAGCUCUUCUUUGAUGGAGCUGUUAACCAGCUUGGUUGUGGCCUUGGAGCCGUGUUGGUAUCCCCAAAGGGAGAUCAUUUUCCUAUUGCUAUAAAGCUUGAUUUUGCUUGUACCAACAACAUAGCCAAAUAUGAAGCUUGUAUUGCAGGAAUACAUGCUGCUCUAGAUAUGAAUGUCCAAGAUUUGGAGAUAUAUGCUUCCAAUGGUCAUCAAUUCAUCUUGGUUGCUAUUGAUUAUUUUACCAAAUGGGUAGAAGCAGCAUCUUAUGCUAGUGUUACAAAGAAGGUGGUCACUCGUUUCAUCAAAAGAGAGAUCAUUUGCAGAUAUGGGCAACAAGAGGCCAUCAUUACUGAUAAUGCAAGCAAUUUGAACAAUGAUAUGAUGACUGCACUAUGCAAGCAAUUCAAGAUCAAGCAUUUGAACUCUUCUCCAUACCGACCAAAGACGAAUGGUGCAGUGGAAGCUGCCAACAAGAAUAUUAAGAAGAUUUUAGCGAAAAUGGCAGUCACUUACAAAGAUUGGCAUGAAAUGUUGCCAUAUGCUCUCCAUGCUUAUAGAACCUCUGUUCGCACUUCAACUGGGGCAACACCUUAUUCCUUGGCAUAUGGAAUGGAGGCAGUAUUACCAAUUGAGCUAGAAAUCCCUUCUAUGAGAAUCUUAUCCGAGUCAGGGAUUGAUGAAGAAGACUUGAUUCAGAAAAGGAUAGAUUAUCUCAAUUUGCUUGAUGAAAAAAGAUUGGCAGCUCUUUGUCAUGGCCAAUGCUAUCAGCGACGAAUGGAAGCAACUUACAACAAGAAAGUCAAACCUAGAGUAUUUCAUCAAGGAGAUCUUGUCUUAAGAAAGAUCAUGCCAAAUGAAAGGGACCCUAGGGGCAAAUUCGCACCGAAUUAUGAAGGGCCCUAUGUUGUUAAAGAAGCUUUCUCAGGAGGAGCACUCUUGUUGAGAUAUCCAGAUGGAAUUGAUUAUCAUCGCCCAGUGAAUGCCGAUGCUGUCAAAAUGUAUUAUUGCUAAAAAAAAAAAAUUAGGUUGAAAACCCAAAAGGGAGGCCUAACAAAUUAAAUGUUUCCUU